GAUAAUAAUAUUUUAUACAGUGUGAAAAUAAAAAUUGGAAACUAAAGUUUAAAGCAAAAAAGAUGGACUUUAUAACAACAAAUGGGACUCUGAUUAAUGACAGUGAUUACUCGGAUUAUAUAACAGAUUAUCCUAUACCUGUGAUUCCAAAAUGGGGAUUCUGGGCCAAGUUUCUCUCCACACCUGUCAUUGUUCUUGUAGGGAUAAUUGGAAACGUGCUAUCAUUCCUUGUAAUGAAAACUAAAACAUUACGUCGUAAAACUUAUUCGCAUUACCUUUGUGCUCUUGCAGUGCUCGAUACUUUCACUUUGAUAUUUCGACAAGUGGAAAGUGUGGAUGAAUAUUUUGUAUCCUAUAGAAAGACAAAAGGAAUAUUUCAAAACUUUGAUGAUGGCAGCUGCAAAUUGUACAACUUUCUAGCACAUGUAAUAACUUUAAUGUGUUCUUGGUUAGUCGUGUUUAUGGCUGUUGAACGUGUCGUCGCAGUGCGUUACCCAUUUAAAAGGGUCUACUUCCGGAGGGAAACCGGUGCAGGAGUAGCGAUAUGCAUUCUCUUUGUUGUUGUCUGUUUGACACAAUCCUUUAGGCUUUUUAUGAUAGAGCAUAUAGUGUACGACGAGCAAAACAACAUUCAUGAUUGUCUUGCAUCUGAUAUGUACAUAGAAAUUUAUACAAGUUUGGACGUAUACUUUUUUCUAUGGGCACUUGUAUUUGUUUUACCUGUAGUUUUAAUAACCGUGUGUAACAUUACUGUUAUAUGUCAUAUUAUUCGUGUUAGGAAAGACCUACGGAUGAAGGAUGACUAUUUGACGUAUAAAGUCGAUAGAGCACGAUGGCGAAGAAACAGGAGCACUGUAAUGCUAUUAAUUGUUACAUUUUUAUACAUUAUAACAUUAUUACCAUUGUUUACAUUAAGUUUAAUUGUUGACGUUACAAUUAAAGUUGGGUCAAUAGAAACCGCUAGGAACACAUAUGUUGCUCUUAGACCUUUUAUUGAUUUAUCAGUGUCUAUCUCUUUACUGAACUAUGCUGUAAACUUUUUUGUUUAUAUUUUGUCUGGAAAACGGUUUCGUUACGAAUUGCGGAAAUUAUUUAUAAAGAAAAGAUUUAUCAAAAGACGUUUCACAGUAAAAAGUACAAGAGAGGAGAUUUUAAAGUGACAUUAUGCCUAU